AAUUAGAACUGUCCGACUAGACGAUGCGUAUGCCGCGCGGCAACUUAAUCUGGCUCAGCAGCGCACUUUUUUUGACGUGGCGCGUCGUGAAAUGCUCGUCUAGAGUGGUGUCGCCUUUGGUGGCUUGUAGUACCUACCCUCUCCCGCUAUCGUGGAAUUAGCAAAGCGCCUUGACAGUCCACCGUGCCUACCUGAAGGUGGGGCUCGCAAACGCUAUAGGAGAUGCCGUGCACAGCAUGUACAAGCUACUGUCUACUGUGCUCUGCGCUGUUCUUCUCGCAAAUUCCUCACUGGGGGCACCAGCUAGUAGCUCACCAUCGUCAACAACCUCCACCGUCGAUGGGAAUGUAACUAGCGGAACGACGUCCAGCACUGCUGCAACGCCUAGCUUCACGGUACCGCUGGCCAGUGAUGAUCCUAACGAUAUUGAGUGGAAUGUGACGACAACUGACAACGUUCAACCUAUCCGAGGAUCGCUUGGUGCCACAAUCCUAGGGCCUCAGAACCUCCCCAUUGACCAGCAAAACCCUGAUAUACUUGCCCCGCCUACGACCGAUGCUGGUAGCGUACCCAACAUUAAGUGGCCUUUCAGUCUCAGUCACAACCGAAUUCAGACUGUCCAGGAAUUGCCUAUUGCGACUUCGAUGGCCGGGGUGGAUAUGAGGCUUGAGGCUGGGGCGAUUCGUGAACUGCACUGGCACCAAACUGCAGAGUGGGCUUAUGUACUAAAGGGCACAACCCAAAUUACUGCAGUUGAUCAGGAUGGGAAGAACUUCGUAGCUAACGUGGGACCCGGUGAUCUGUGGUAUUUCCCUCCUGGUAUUCCUCACUCCUUGCAGGCAACCAACGACACCAAGGAGGGAAGCGAGUUUCUUCUCAUCUUUCCCGAUGGAAACUUUAGCGAUGAUGACACUUUCUUGUUAACGGAUUGGUUGGCGCACGUACCGAAAGAAGUGAUUGCCCGCAAUUUCCAGACGAACAUCGCUGCAUUCAAUGAAAUCCCCGGGGAACAACUAUACAUUUUCCCUAGCGAUCCGCCUGCUAACGACGUCCCCGUUCCGGAUCCACAGGGUCAAGUCUCUCAAUCGUUUGCCUUCAACUUGUCCCAAGUUCAGCCAACUCAGUAUUCUGGAGGAACAGCCAAGAUUAUCGAUUCGACCACCUUCAAGGUUUCCACCCAGAUCGCUGUGGCUGAAAUUACGGUUGAACCUGGUGCAAUGCGGGAACUUCACUGGCAUCCUACCCAAGACGAGUGGGGUUUCUACCUCGAGGGCGCAGGUCGCAUGACCAUUUUUGCCUCCAGCGGUAACGCUCAGACUUACAACUUCGAGCCUGGAGAUAUCAGUUUCGUACCUGCGACAUUCGGACAUUACAUCGAGAACAUUGGGAACACAACCCUCCGCUUCCUCGAAAUCUUCAAGAGCGAUCGUUUCCAGGAUGUCGGCUUAGCACAGUGGCUUGCUUUGACUCCGCCCGCCUUGGUCAAGGCUCAUCUCCAACUUUCUGACGAGACCAUCAGUCAUCUCAAUAAGACCAAACAAGUCGUUGUUGGACCUGCGAACUGAUGGUUAUGCGUUGAACUCAGCGGUACCAACUUCGAACCCGUGGACUUCGAGGACUUUUGAAUUUCGAUUUUGAAGUCAUUUCUAAGGCUACAUUAUAAAUCCUCAUGUAUAAU